AUGGCGACUGAAACCCGCCGUGCCAACGGCACGCGCCUCGAUGCGUCUCUCGGCAUCACAGAGCGCAUCGCCCCGAGCAUGACUGCUUGGAGCGGCGACAUGCGCAAGAGAUACACCGACUUCCAAGUCUACGAGAUCAACAAAGAUGGCUCCGUCCUCCAUCUCACAGAAACAAGGCUCCCGCAGCCCCCCAAGGAGCCCACUCCUCCGCCACCGGCCGCAGAGGAGAAGCAGGAAGAAGUGAAGCCCGAACCACAGCCCGAGACCGGCGACAACAGCGAAGCUCCAGCGCCGACGAUCCCCGAGAUCUCUCCUGAAGACAUCGCCACCCUCACCUCCCUCACAAACGAGGACUUCGCCAAGCAGCUCGUCGCAAUGUUCCAGACCAUCUCCGCGGACAAGACCGCAAAAGUCGAGCCCGCCACCUCACCCGCAAUGGACGACAAGGACCAGCGCUCGCAGCUCCACCAAGCCGUCCGCCGCAUCUUCAACUCCGUCAUCGACACAACAACCGACCCAACAGGCGCCAUCAUCGCCAAGAUCCCCCCGCCGAGGGGCAAGGGCAGGGGCGUGCGCGGAGGUCCCCAGCAGAAGAAGAAGCAGGAGCCCAAGGUCAAGGCCCCCGGCGAGGGUGAGUACCUGCACUUCACGCUUUACAAGGAGAACCGCGACACCAUGGAGGCGACGAACCAGAUCGCGCGCGCCCUGCGCGUCAAGCCGCAGUCCAUCGGCACCGCCGGCACCAAGGACCGCCGCGCCGCGACGACGCAGCGGUGCUCCGUCCGCCACGUCCGCGCCGACAACCUCAUGCGCGCCAACUCGCGCCUCAAGGGCGUCACCACCGGCGACUACGUCUACGCCACCACGUCCAUCCACCUCGGCGCGCACACCGGCAACGAGUUCGUCAUCGCCCUCAAGGACUGCGCCGUCGCCGGGUCCCCCGACCUCCCCCACGACGAGCGCCAGUCCAUGAUCGAGGCCUCGGUCAAGGCCGCCAUGGAGAGCAUGCACUCCCGCGGCUGGAUCAACUACUUUGGCCACCAGCGCUUCGGGACCCACGCCGUCGGCACGCACGAGGUCGGCCGCAUGAUCCUCCAGGAAGACUUCGAGUCCGCCAUCAACGCCAUCAUCUCUUACGACGAGGACAUCGCCAAGCGCGCCGCCGCCGGCGAGGUUCCCGCCGAGGGCCACCAGCGCGACGACUUCAACCGCCACCACGCCUGCAUGCUCUUCCGCCAGGGCGGCUCCGAGCAGGACGCCAUGAAGAUCCUCCCGCGCCGCUUCAACGCCGAGGCCAGCGUCAUCCGCCACCUCGGCCGCGCCACCUCCCGCCGGGACUUCAUAGGCGCCCUGACGAGCAUCACCCGCGGCCUGCGCAGCAUGUACCUCCACGCCUACCAGUCCUACGUCUGGAACCACGCCGCCAGCCACCGCUGGCGCCUGUACGGCGACAAGGUCGUCGAGGGCGACCUCGUCUUCGCCGACGCGAAGCCCCAGGCCGACGUGACCGCCGAGGACGAGGAGGCCGCCGACGACGACACCGCCGACGCCCGCGCGCUGACCGCCGAAGAGGCCGCCUCCGGCCGCUACACCAUCCACGACGUGAUCCUCCCGUCCCCGGGCCACGCCGUGCUCUACCCUACCAACGCGCUCGGCGACUUCUACAAGACCUUCAUGAAGGAGAACGGCGACCUCGACCCGGAGAAGAUGAUCCGCCGCCACCGCGAGUUCAGCCUGCCGGGCGCCUACCGCAAGCUCACCGCGCGCUUCCUCGCGGAGCCCCGCUUCGAGGUGCGCGCCUACACGGACGACAACGAGCAGAUGCACCCAACGGACAUGGACCGCAUCCGCGCCAAGCAGCCGCCCUCGUCCAAGAAGCGUGGCCGCGCCGAGGGGGGUGACGAGCAAGCGAACAAGAAGGCCAAGACCGACGAAGACGCCGAGGUGAAGCCCGACGAGACGAUGGAGGAUGCUGCGGCUGCUCAGCCCGAGGAGAAGCCCGAGGCUGAAGACAAGCCGGCGCAGGCCUCCGAGACGGAUGCGGCGGCGGUCCAGAAGACGGCCGUUGUGGUGACGUUCCAGCUCCCCAAGAGCGCCUACGCGACAGUCGCCCUGCGUGAGCUGAUGGGCGUCGACGAGUCCGAGGUCAUGACAGCCCCUGCAAAGUCAUGA